UUUAUAUAAAUAGCAGACUUUGUGAUCUAGAAUUGUAAGAGAUUACAAAACAAAGUGGCUAUGGCAGAAGAAGAAGUAAAGGUUUUCAGGACAUGGUCAAGUCCAUUUCCUUUAAGAGUGAUAUGGGCACUAAAGCUGAAGGGGGUUGAGUUUGAUACAGUGUAUGAAGAUCUCUCCAACAAGAGUCCUUUGCUUCUGCAAUACAACCCUGUUCAUAAGAAGGUUCCUGUGCUUCUGCACAAUGGAAAACCCAUCUGUGAAUCUCUUGUUAUUCUUGAAUAUGUGGAUGAGACAUGGAAACAAUUUCCAUUGUUGCCUCAAGAUCCUCAUGAGAGAGCCAAGGCUCGCUUUUGGGCUAAGUUUGGUGAUGAUAAGGUGUUACAAACAAUGAGAAUGGAUGUUCUCUCAAAGCAAGGAAAAGAACAAGAAGAAGCAAUAGUUUCAACCAUAGAGAACUUGAAAUAUUUGGAAGAAGAGCUAAAGGGAAAGAAAUUCUUUGGAGGAGAGACCAUUGGACUGGUAGAUAUUGCAUUGGGUUGGCUUGCUUACCACUUCAAUGUAGUUGAGGAGAUAAUUGGUGUGAAAUUGAUAGAACAACAAAAAUUCCCAUUAUUAGUGGCAUGGAUGCAAGAAUUCUCAAAUAUCCCAACAAUCCAAGAGAGUUGGCCUCCAAGAGACAAACUCUUUGAUCGGUAUGCUAGCUUCCGUAAGGCUGCCCUUGGAGAGCACACCCCAAAAUGAGCCCCAUAUAAUUUGUGAAAAUUAUCAUGGAGUUGUAUUAAUUUCAUGCAAGUUUUAUCAAGAAUAAACACACCCACUUGUGAUGUUUGUGUAUUGCAAUGGAUUGUGAUCUGGUUAAGGAUUUCUCAUUGUUUUGAACUAAUAAAAGGGGAAAUUUUCAUUUUCUUAA